UACCAAUCCUCAUCAUGGCUACUCAAGAGGAUCCAAACACCGUGGCAAGUUUGUCUAGCGACAUCAAUGCUAUGGUGGCUGCGGUUCAGAGCACUUCCCUGGGUGAUAAGUACGUGGGAGAAGGAGCUCCCGAGAGCGCCCCCCCUGUUCCUGUUGUUGGGCCUCGUGUAGGCAAGUGGACAGAACGUGAGACAACUAAUUACGAUACCUAUGCUACUCCUGUCCGAGAUCCUGAGGCUCCCAGGGGGCUUCCUGUCGGUGAAUGGGGUGCUUCGGGUGCUCGUUAUGAGUGGAAGGAAGAGUAUGGUGAUGUUGCCCCUCGCGAUGAGGUCCUUGAACGUAUGCUCUUUGGUGAACCUGGUGUUGUUGACCGUUCGGGUGCUGGACUUCAAUUUGACAAGUAUUGUUCCCUCAAAUCCUCUGUUUAUAUUCUGGGUGCUGAAGGGAAAUUAAAAUUAGGCUUCUUACUAUCUCCGUCUACGUCGAAGGGCGGGAGAAGAUGAAUCCGAUUGAGAGAGUAUGUUUGCCCUUUGAUUUAUGAGGGGUAAAGGGGAGAGAGUGAUGGAUAAUUCUUGUGACUGUUUUGCACUAACUAACUCUCUUUCAAGUUCGAGGAAGCGCCUCUUCAUCCGGUGAUGCUGAGGAACAUUAAACUAGCUGGGUAUUUCUUCUGUAUUUUUGUUCUUUGGUUUCGAUGCUGACACAUUGAAGGUACGAGAUUCCUACGCCUAUCCAAAGAUACUGCAUUCCGGCAGUUUUGGAGGGACACGACCUCUUGUCGUGCGCCCAAACUGGUGGGUUCCCACCGCUUGGGCUGGAAUUUGCCCAGCCUUACCUGGUUGCCAUACUUACGGGGGCCUGAUUUUGUAUAGGCUCGGGAAAGACGGCGGCUUUUAUGAUUCCUAUCUUAUCCAAGCUUAUGGGGAAGGCUAGUUCACUUGCCGCCCCUCGCCCCGUGCCGGGCUCCACGGAGCCCUACAUCGCCCAGCCUUUAGUUCUUGUUGCUGCCCCGACUCGUGAGCUUGCUACGCAGAUAUUCGACGAAUCCCGUCGGUUUUGCUAUAUGAGCAAAUUGAGGCCCUGCGUCGUUUACGGUGGUGCUGAUAGUGCUACCCAACGUAUGGAACUGAAGAAAGGAUGUGAUGUCCUUGUUGGCACGCCGGGGCGCUUGUCUGAUUUCAUAGAAAGGGGAAGGAUCCUAUCACUGAAACGCUUAAAGUACGUUUUCUUUCCCUUGAUCCCAAGUGGCUUAAGGUUGUAGUUGAUAGCUAAUUCUAUUCGUAGGUUUGUUGUGAUUGAUGAGGCUGAUGAAAUGUUGGAUAUGGGAUUCGAGCCCCAGAUUCGCAAACUUCUUCAGUCUUCUGGUAGCUUGUUCUUUAUCAGGUGGCUGGAUGUCUGCUAACAGGACAUUAGAUGCAAAUGAAGACGAUGACCAACAAGUCUUGAUGUUCUCGGCCACUUUCCAAAAGGUGAUAAAGCUUAGGUUUUGCACUUUUGUUACUUUUGAUACUAAUAUGGAACGAACAUCGAUAGGCUAUCCGUAAAUUGGCCAGAGAUUUCUUGUCUGAUGAUUUCGUUCAGAUUAAGGUGGGCCGUAUCGGUAGCACUCAUGAAAAUAUCACUCAGAGGGUAAUUUAUAGCCCGAUACUUGUUUCCUUACAUUCUAAUCGGUGGGCUGCGCUGCGUAGGUUCUAUGGGUGGACGAACAGAGGAAAAAGGAGGCAAUAUAUGACCUCUUGUGCACUGCGCCCCCUGCACGUACUCUUAUCUUUGUCAAUCAUAAGCGUGUUGCUGAUAGUUUGGAUGACUACUUGUACAACCGUAUGUCUCUUGUGUCUCGGGUUUAGCGGAAGAGAGUCGAAGGGGCUAAUUUUGGUUUUCAGUCAAACUCCCGACCACCUCAAUCCAUGGUGACCGCACCCAGCGAGAGCGUGAGGAUGCAAUGUAUGUUCUAGCGGGUGCUUCUUCGACAUCAGAUGGUUGCUGAUAUGGUAAUUUUGCAGCCUCGCAUUUCGAUCUGGAAGAUGCCCUAUUAUGAUUGCCACUGCUAUUGCGGCUCGUGGGUUGGACAUCAAAAACGUGAUGCAUGUUAUCAACUAUGACCUGGUCCAGAAUAUCGAUGAGUACAUCCAUCGUAUAGGUGGGUUCUGUGUUUCAGCACUUGAGUGGAGCAAAAUCAAGGCUAACCGAAAAUAGGACGCACGGCUCGCAUCGGCAAUCGUGGGCUUGCCACCUCUUUCUAUAAUAGUAGCAAUGAAGACAUAGCUGCAGACCUGGUAAAGGUUCUUUUGGAGUCUUCUCAGGAGAUACCAGAAUUCCUUGAGCCCUAUCGUCCGAUUGGGGAGGUAACCUUUGAGGAGCCGGACUCGGAUGCCGAAGGCGAGGAUCAGGGAGAUGGUGUGCACGGUGGGGCCGGGGGAACUAGUGGUGGUGGGGAUUGGAAUAACGAAGGGGCCGGAACCAAUGGCGAGGCUGAUCUCUCUGGCUGGUAAAGCUUGAUACUCGAUGUCUGAUGGAAACGAGAUUCAAAUGUGAGGGAGACUAGGAAGUUGUGAGGCUAAGCCACGUGUUUGCUGAGAGGCGCUGUCAUCGCCCUCUGCUAGCUUCGUUUCUUUUGUUUUUUUUGUCACAUUUAAUUUCUUCUGUUUGGCAAUAGUUGGGUUCGAGCAUAAAUAAAUCUAGUUUUCGGUG